AAACAUCCACGUACACAACAAGUCGGCCACGUCCUACCGUAACCAAACUGCAAACAACUACGGUAGUUGUAGUUCGAGAGCUGGCGGAUGGUGAGGAUGAAGAUGAUGAGGAAUUGAAGCAGAAGCUCAGUCAAAAAAAGAAAAUGAGAAAAAUUCAAUCAGCUGAGCUAACUGAUUCUUCGAAAUCUCAAUUUUCUAUUGAAUAUGUGUUAACUUUAGUUCUAGGAUUUUUGAUUCUAUGUAUUUAAAAUUUUAUGUUCUGAAUCUGCCUAUUCCAAUCCGACUACGUGUAUUUUUUUCUUUAAUUUAUUUUUUAAGAUGUUAAGAUUUUUCCUUUUUUUCUCCGCAUUAUGGUCUAGAACUUGAUUUUUUUAAACUUCUAGUCCGUAUCCCAUCCAGGUGUCAUUUCCCCCUUUGUUCCUAAUUUUGUAAAAAAUUUUUAAAUGAAGUAUAAAUUCUGAAAAUGCAAUUCAUACCAUAUAAUUUUUUGAUAGUGCAAAACUUCAAAUUUUCUGAAAAAAAUUGGCGGGAAAUUCAAAUUUUCUAGGAAAACAUUUUGGCUGGAAAUUCAAAUUUUUGAGGAACAAAUAUUGGCGUUCCCGUUACAAUACACUGAUUCAAAUACUGAAAAUGUAUGGCGGAAAAUUCAAACUCAAAAAGUCCAUAUUCUUUGUGAAGUCUCUCUCUCCCUCUCGCUCUCUCGCCCUCUCAUUCUCUCAUUCUCUCAUUUUCCUUUACUCUCUUGCAACUAUUGCAAUUUGCUACAGAAAUUAAGAGAGCACUAAAAUGUCUGAAGAUAAUACAUAUAUUGUCAAUCAAGUGUUUAUGAAUGAAAUUUUAAUUGGAAAAAUAUUAGAUCAUGUGUCAAUCCAGACAAAACCACUGGUUAAAUUGAGACUUGUCAGUCGACAUUUAAACUUGGCAGUUCUUUACAAAAUCAGAAAAGAGCACAGUGAAAUAAUCAUUCAUAACCUUGGGCAUUGUGACAAGCACUUACCAUGCAUAUGUACAGUUUUCAUAAACUCUCAAGACAUCUGUAAUUUAAAGUUACAUGCAUACUUUCAAUUUUUAAAUAAACGCGUGAAAAUAAAUAUCUGUAAACUACAAGUUCAAAUUGAACAUUUUGACAAAGUUGUACAAUUUCAAUUACACCGUUUAAUUCUCAAAGAAUUGAUAGGAUCUAACGAAGACAGAAUAAGGGAAUUCACGGGAAUGUUUGAUUUAAGUUAUUAUGGUUGGGACUUAAAAGCCGAGAGGAUUGCCAGGCAUUGCAUCCGGUUUGGAAUGCAGGAAGGUGUAGAUUUACAUGGAUCACAACUACUUAAUUUUGACGUUUUCGAAGUCGCUGAGCCGCACCUACACGGAAUAGUGAAUGCUGACAAAUUUGAAGUGCGUCGAAUAUAUACUGAUGAAGAAGAUGAAGAAAUGGUGUAUUUCCCGAUAAAUCGCUUUCUUAAAAUGCCCAUUACAUGUGAUACACUCACAUUCAUUCUAUAUGGCAAAGAUAUUGUCUCACUGCCGAGAACAAUAACACAUCAGGCUGUUUCGAACUGGAAUGCAAAGAAUGUUAACCUUAAUUUUCGAUUCGGAGCGCACAAUGUUAUGGCAGAAAAAUUUCACGAGUGCCCAGAAAAUUUCAAGAAUCCAGUGAAUAUUCAGUUUGUUGCACCAUGGAACAUUGAACCAGUUUCUGCUAAUUUAUUGGAAAGUGUGGAAAUUAAGUUACAAUACACGGAUGAUAUUCUACUUACCAUUGAAGAUCAGUUGGAUUAUGACUAUUAUUCACCAUAUGAUAAUAUAAUUGCAAAUGUUCAAAGGGCCUUCCCAAGCAGGAAUAUGAUUGUGAAACUUUCUGAGACGAAUGUUCUAAUUGCUCCUGAAAAUAUGCACAAAGUCUUUGCAAAGUUUAUUAGGUUGACUGAGCAAAAUCAACAGCGAAAUGGAAGUGUCACAUUUAAAUUGUACUAUGAAGAAGACGAUAGAAUUCCGAUAAAAGUCCCACACAUUUUCAAUUCAAGCGCACGUCUCGUAGGAGAACAACCUGAACAUUGUUGGUAUCUCGAUGAAAUUCUCAAUAUUCCAAAAGAAACCAUUAAAAGCCCUUUUGGAUGUGUAACUGUCUGGUAUGGAAAGAUGUUCCGUUUGUGAAACUCUACCAAUAAUCGGAAAAUUGACUUUCAACUUUUCUACCAACGACGUUAUUUGAAGAAGUUUUUCAAGGAACACGAUGGAAUGAUGAAUACUGGAUUUUUAAUGCAUUUCAAACAUUUAAUUGAUUAGUUUACUGUUUUUAAAUACUUGGCCUAGAAAAGCCCAAUUCGGCCAACGAUUUAUCUAAAAUUAAUUUAUAAAUU